AUGGCUACUACAAGAAUUCCAUUUUCAAAUGUUACCUAAGUGAACAAAGGUGAUAAAUUAUCUACAACACUUGGGGAGAAAGUAGAGAAGAGUGGAAAUGCAGAAAAGUAAAUUCUACCUACAAACGCAGAAAUUAAUAAUGUGAAAAAUUCUUUAGAUGAGUUAUAAUUAGAGAACAUGGAUAAAUAGACACUUAUAUAAUAACUAAAAAUGCAUAAAAUGAUAUUGAAGCAUUGUUUUGAUGAAAAUGAUAUUGUAAAAUUAUUUGAAUGAUUAUUUUAAGUUGAGAGAACGAAUAGCAGCUAUAGAAGCAUAAUUUAGUAAUUUGUAAGAUGAAAUUGAAUUAAGAGAUAAUGUGAUAUUAGAAUUAAGUGAGAAACUUGAAUAGAAAGAAAAAUAGUGAUUAUUAUUUUGUUAAUAUAUUUUUGUUUAAACCAUUAUAAAAAUGAAUAAUGAAAAGACAAAAGGAUUAAUUUAUUACAUAUAAAAUUAAGGUAUUUUUUGAAUAUUUUUGGAUUUAGUUUUAAUGGGUAGAUUGUGUAAAAUAAAUGUGCAAAUAAUUGCUAUAAACAUUAUUUUAAUACUUUGAGAGUGAUUAUCUAAUGUGAAUUCACUUUAUUCAUACAAAUGAUGCUCAAUUAGACAACGAAGAUUCCAUUUAGUUUAUAAAGAGACAUUUAAGCUUACUGCCUUUGA